AACUAUCCUGCAUCAAGAAUUAACGGAUAGUUAUUAUAGAUAACUCGUAUCUGCACACUCCUGCUUCUUCUAUCCGCUACUGUCAUCUCUUCACUUCCCUUCUAUCACUCUUCUCACUUCUGAGUGGUGGAGUCGUUGGGCCGUAAUGGGUCUCUUUACACUGUCCGUUAUGGUUAAUGACUCUGCCAUUUCAUUACCAGAUACUUGUACGAAAAGAAAGCAGAACUUACUUCUGAAAAAUUCUUUUGCAUCAGUUAGCAUGGGAGAUGAAAAGCCAUUUGACUUCCUACGCACUUUAUUUGAGGGCGUUAUUGCAGGUGGUACAGCUGGAGUUGUUGUUGAAACAGCUUUAUACCCAAUUGACACAAUAAAAACACGUCUGCAGGCUGCUCGCGGAGGAGAAAAACUAAUAUUGAAGGGCCUUUAUUCUGGAUUGGCGGGGAACCUUGUUGGUGUCUUACCGGCAUCUGCUUUAUUUGUUGGAGUUUAUGAACCUAUAAAGCAGAAAUUGCUGAGGAUAUUUCCUGAACACCUAAGUGCUUUUACUCAUUUGACUGCAGGUGCCAUAGGGGGCAUUGCUGCUUCAUUGAUUCGUGUUCCAACAGAGGUUAUCAAGCAACGAAUGCAAACUGGGCAGUUUGCUUCAGCUUCUGGUGCUGUUCGCUUUAUUGCUUCUAAGGAAGGCUUCAAAGGAUUUUAUGCUGGAUAUGGAUCUUUUUUGUUGAGGGAUUUACCCUUUGAUGCUAUUCAGUUUUGCAUCUAUGAGCAGAUUCGAAUAGGUUAUAUGCUUGCGGCACAAAGAAAUCUGAAUGAUCCAGAAAAUGCAAUUAUUGGUGCUUUUGCAGGUGCACUAACUGGAGCUAUAACUACCCCCCUUGAUGUCAUCAAGACAAGGUUAAUGGUUCAAGGAUCUGCAAACCAAUAUAAGGGAAUCGUUGACUGUGUUCAAACCAUUAUUAAGGAAGAAGGACCUCGUGCCUUUUUGAAGGGUAUUGGUCCCAGAGUACUAUGGAUAGGCAUAGGUGGUUCAAUAUUCUUUGGUGUCCUUGAGAGUACAAAGCGUUUUCUUUCUGAGAGACGCCCUACCGUACCUCAGAACACAUAUUCAGAGAAGAGCAAAGAUUAAUAGUUUUUGUCCUAGCCUCUUUUGUUUUUUUAUUCCAAUUCUCCCCUCAGUGCCUUUUCCAAGUGAAACAAUAUUUUCUUAAAUACCGGAUACUCUUGUAAUUUUUAAUUUUUCAAUUUUAAGCGUUGAGAGCACAGUUGUAUCUUGAUUAUUUCCCUUCCGGCUUGCUUGUCCGUGAGCUAUAUAACAUUGUUUAACAUUUUGCGUGUUGAAAUUUGGGAAGCAUGAUAUUAAUAUGAAUUGAGAUUAGGAUUCUUUGAUGAA